CCGCGGGCUGUCAGCUAGCUGCGCGCCGUCGCCCGAUGGCGCGAGGAGGCGCGCGGGCCCAGCCCCGUGGGGCCACCCCUGGCCGCGGGUGAGCCCCUCUGCUUGCCGCCCGCGAGCAUGUCACCUCCAGCCGCCGCGGCAGACUCCUCCAGCCGUGCCCGCGCCCCCGCCUCCCGCAGCCGCAGCCGCAGCCGCUGCCUGGGGCAUUGGCCCCCAGACCCCCGCCCCUGAUCCACGCCCAGACCCUAGAGCCAGAGGACCAUGGCCGGCCAGGGGGACUGCUGCGUCAAGGUGGCCGUCAGGAUUCGGCCCCAGCUGUCAAAGGAGAAGAUUGAGGGCUGUCACAUCUGCACUUCUGUCACCCCGGGGGAGCCCCAGGUCCUUCUGGGGAAGGACAAGGCCUUCACCUAUGACUUUGUCUUCGACCUGGACACCUGGCAGGAACAGAUCUAUUCGACCUGUGUGAGCAAGCUCAUCGAGGGCUGUUUCGAGGGCUACAAUGCCACAGUGCUGGCCUAUGGGCAGACAGGGGCCGGGAAGACGUACACUAUGGGCACUGGCUUCGACACGGCAACAUCGGAGGAGGAGCAAGGCAUCAUUCCGAGGGCCAUCGCACACCUCUUUGGGGGCAUUGCUGAGCGGAAACGGCGGGCACAGGAGCAGGGUGUGGCUGGGCCUGAGUUCAAAGUCAGCGCUCAGUUCCUGGAGCUCUACAACGAGGAGAUCCUUGACCUGUUUGAUAGCACCCGUGACCCUGACGCCCGCCACCGCAGGUCCAACAUCAAGAUCCACGAGGACGGGAACGGUGGCAUCUACACCACGGGCGUCACUUCCCGCCUCAUCACCUCCCAGGAGGAGCUGAUCCAGUGCCUGAAGCAGGGGGCCCUGUCCCGCACCACGGCCAGCACCCAGAUGAACGUGCAGAGCUCCCGCUCACACGCCAUCUUCACCAUCCACGUGUGCCAGAUGCGAGUGUGCAGCCAGCCCGACCCAGUGAAUGAGGCUGUGACUGGGCUUCCUGAGGGCACGGCUCCCACAAGUGAGUAUGAGACGCUCACUGCUAAGUUUCACUUUGUGGACCUGGCCGGCUCAGAGCGGCUGAAGCGGACGGGGGCCACUGGCGAGCGGGCCAAGGAGGGCAUCUCCAUCAACUGCGGCCUGCUGGCCUUGGGCAACGUGAUCAGCGCGUUGGGGGACCAGAGCAAGAAGGUGGUACACGUGCCCUACAGGGACUCCAAGCUCACCCGGCUCCUCCAGGACUCGCUGGGAGGCAACAGCCAGACCAUCAUGAUUGCCUGUGUGAGCCCCUCAGACCGCGACUUCAUGGAGACGCUCAACACGCUCAAGUACGCCAAUCGGGCCCGCAACAUCAAGAACAAGGUGGUGGUGAACCAGGACAAGACGAGCCAGCAGAUCAGCGCUCUGCGGGCCGAGAUCGCGCGCCUACAGAUGGAGCUAAUGGAGUACAAGGCGGGCAAGAGGGUGAUCGGAGAGGACGGUGCCGAGGGCUACAGUGACCUGUUCCGGGAGAAUGCCAUGCUGCAGAAGGAGAAUGGGGCGCUGCGUCUGCGGGUAAAGGCCAUGCAGGAGGCCAUCGAUGCCAUCAACAACCGCGUCACCCAUCUCAUGAGCCAGGAGGCCAAUCUGCUCCUCGCCAAGGCCGGUGAUGGCAAUGAGGCCAUUGGUGCUCUGAUCCAGAACUACAUCCGGGAGAUUGAGGAGCUGCGGACGAAGCUCCUGGAGAGCGAGGCCAUGAAUGAGUCCCUGCGCCGCAGCCUGUCUCGGGCCUCAGCUCGGAGCCCCUACUCACUGGGUGCAUCUCCGGGGGCUCCCGCCUUCGGGGGCAGCCCGGCCAGCUCCAUGGAGGAUGCCUCUGAGGUGAUCCGCAGGGCCAAGCAGGACCUGGAGCGGCUCAAGAAGAAGGAGGUCAGGCAGCGGAGAAAGAGUCCAGAGAAGGAGGCCUUCAAAAAGAGGGCAAAACUCCAACAGGAAAACAGUGAGGAGACCGACGAGAAUGAAGCUGAGGAGGAGGAGGAAGAGCGAGACGAGAGUGGCUGUGAGGAGGAGGAGGGGCGUGAGGAUGAAGACGAGGACUCGGGCAGUGAGGAGAGCCUGGUGGACUCGGACUCAGACCCUGACGAGAAGGAGGUGAACUUCCAGGCAGACCUGGCCGACCUGACAUGCGAGAUCGAGAUCAAGCAGAAACUGAUCGACGAGCUGGAGAACAGCCAGCGGCGGCUGCAGACUCUCAAGCACCAGUAUGAGGAGAAGCUGAUUCUCCUGCAGAACAAGAUCCGAGACACGCAGCUGGAGCGAGACCGCGUGCUGCAGAACCUCAGCACCAUGGAGUGCUACACGGAGGAGAAGGCCAACAAGAUCAAGGCGGACUAUGAGAAGAGGCUGCGGGAGAUGAACCGAGACUUGCAGAAGCUGCAGGCCGCACAGAAGGAGCACGCGCGGCUGCUCAAAAACCAGUCCCGCUAUGAGAGGGAGCUGAAGAAGCUGCAGGCCGAGGUGGCUGAGAUGAAGAAGGCCAAGGUGGCCCUGAUGAAGCAGAUGCGUGAAGAGCAGCAGCGGCGGCGACUGGUGGAGACUAAGAGGAACCGGGAGAUUGCUCAGCUCAAGAAGGAACAGCGGCGACAGGAGUUUCAGAUCCGAGCUCUGGAGUCCCAGAAGCGGCAGCAGGAAAUGGUCCUGAGGAGGAAAACCCAGGAGGUUUCUGCACUCAGGCGCCUGGCCAAGCCCAUGUCUGAGAGGGUGGCGGGGCGUGCAGGACCGAAGCCACCCAUGCUGGACUCGGGGGCUGAGGUGUCAGCCAGUACCACCUCAUCUGAGGCUGAAUCAGGGGCCCGCUCUGUCUCCAGCAUCGUGCGCCAGUGGAACCGCAAAAUCAAUCACUUCUUGGGGGACCACCCCGCGCCUGCCGUCAACGGCACCCGCCCCGCCAGAAAGAAGUUCCAGAAGAAGGGGGCCAGCCAGAGCUUUAGUAAGGCUGCCAGGCUCAAGUGGCAGUCCCUGGAGCGGAGGAUCAUUGACAUCGUCAUGCAGAGGAUGACCAUUGUCAACCUGGAGGCUGACAUGGAGCGGCUCAUCAAGAAAAGGGAGGAGCUGUUCCUCCUGCAGGAGGCGCUGCGGAGGAAGCGGGAGCGGCUGCAGGCUGAGAGCCCGGAGGAGGAGAAGGGGCUGCAGGAGCUGGCGGAGGAGAUCGAGGUGCUGGCAGCCAACAUUGACUACAUCAACGACAGCAUCACCGACUGCCAGGCCACCAUCGUGCAGCUGGAGGAGACCAAGGAGGAGCUGGACUCCACGGACACAUCGGUGGUCAUCAGUUCCUGCUCCCUGGCCGAAGCCCGUCUCUUGCUGGACAAUUUCCUCAAGGCGUCCAUUGACAAGGGGCUACAAGUGGCACAGAAGGAGGCCCAGAUCCGGCUGCUAGAGGGACGGCUGAGGCAGACAGACAUAGCGGGUUCCUCCCAGAACCACCUGCUCCUGGAUGCCCUGCGAGAGAAGGCUGAGACACACCCUGAACUGCAGGCCCUCAUCUACAAUGUGCAGCAGGAGAAUGGUUAUGCCAGCACAGAUGAGGAGAUCUCAGAGUUCUCUGAGGGGAGCUUCUCCCAGUCAUUCACCAUGAAGGGUUCCACCAGCCAUGAUGAUUUCAAGUUCAAGGGUGAGCCUAAGCUGUCUGCCCAAAUGAAGGCUGUGUCGGCCGAGUGCCUGGGUCCCCCACUGGAUAUCUCCACCAAGAACAUCACCAAGUCCCUGGCCUCCCUUGUCGAGAUCAAAGAGGAUGGAGUGGGCUUCUCCAUCCGAGACCCCUACUACCGGGACAAGGUCUCACGCACCAUCAGCCUGCCCACCAGAGGCAGUACUUUCCCCCGGCAGUCUCGAGCCACGGAGACAUCACCGCUGACCCGAAGGAAGUCGUAUGACCGAGGGCAGCCCAUUAGGUCCACAGAUGUGGGAUUCACGCCCCCUUCGUCCCCUCCUACUCGGCCCCGCAACGACCGUAACGUCUUCUCUCGUCUCACCAGUAAUCAGAGCCAAGGGUCAGCACUGGACAAGUCUGAUGACAGCGACUCCUCUUUGUCGGAGGUCCUGAGGGGCAUCAUCACCCCCGUUGGAGGAGCCAAGGGUGCGAGGACAGCCCCACUGCAGUGCGUCUCCAUGGCCGAGGGCCACACCAAGCCCAUCCUCUGCCUGGACGCCACGGAUGAGCUGCUGUUCACAGGAUCCAAAGACCGCAGCUGUAAGAUGUGGAACUUGGUCACGGGCCAGGAGAUCGCAGCGCUAAAGGGCCACCCCAACAACGUGGUGUCUAUCAAGUACUGCAGCCAUUCUGGGCUUGUGUUCUCCGUGUCUACCUCCUACAUCAAGGUGUGGGACAUCCGGGACUCCGCCAAGUGCAUUCGGACCCUCACGUCCUCGGGUCAGGUGACCUCAGGCGACGCCUGUGCUGCCACAUCCACCCGCGCUAUCACCAGCGCUCAGGGGGAGCAUCAGAUCAACCAGAUCGCCCUCAGCCCUUCAGGCACCAUGCUGUAUGCUGCCUCGGGCAAUGCCGUCCGCAUCUGGGAGCUCAGCAGGUUCCAGCCCGUUGGCAAGCUGACUGGCCACAUUGGCCCUGUGAUGUGCUUGACGGUCACCCAGACCGCCAGCCAGCACGACCUGGUGGUGACGGGCUCCAAGGACCACUACGUUAAGAUGUUCGAGUUGGGCGAGUGUGUGACCGGCACCAUUGGCCCCACCCACAACUUUGAGCCCCCACACUAUGAUGGCAUCGAGUGUCUUGCCAUCCAGGGAGACAUCCUCUUCAGUGGCUCCCGGGAUAAUGGCAUCAAGAAAUGGGACCUGGAACAGCAGGAGCUCAUCCAGCAAAUCCCCAAUGCACACAAGGACUGGGUGUGUGCCCUGGCCUUUGUCCCGGGCCGCCCCAUGCUGCUGAGCGCCUGCCGCGCGGGCGUCAUCAAGGUCUGGAACGUGGAUAACUUCACGCCCAUCGGAGAGAUCAGGGGUCACGACAGCCCCAUCAACGCCAUCUGCACCAAUGCCAAGCACAUCUUCACUGCUUCCAGUGACUGCCGGGUAAAGGUGUGGAAUUACGUCCCCGGACUCACCCCCUGCCUUCCUCGCCGGGUCCUGGCCAUAAAGGGCCGAGCCACCACCCUGCCUUGACACUCCCCUCCCGUCUCCUCUCUCAUUCCCCCCUCUUUCCUUUUCCCUCUCUUUCUCCACUUCGGUCUGAGCUGCUUCUCAACGUGACCUGACGGUGAAGUUCUGGAGUGUUCGGCGGUUACCCGGUGGCCCACCCUAGGAGCACACAACAGUCCUCACCCUGGCUGUCUUUCAGAGGAUGGCCCCCAGACCCUCGGCCCCCGGCAGCCUGGACAGCACAGAAGGGAAGCUGUGGCCUGACGGGGCCAACUGCCCUAGGGACAGAGGGUGUGGGCAUCGGGUGUUGCCCCUCUCCUGUUAUCCUUCUCCUCCCUUGACCUUCCUAUGGGAUACUAUUCCCCCAGCCCCUGCCUCUUGGGGAGAGAGGGAGGUUGGGGGGGAAUUUAAGCUGUGAAGCCAAAGGGCAUUUUCCCUCUCAAUUCUCUCCCUGCAGCCCCUCAGGCUCCCCUUGCCCUCCCUCUGGCCACAUUUUCUCCUGCUGAGCUGGCCAUGCCCUUCCCCAAGCCUCUGGCCCAGUGGUGGGGCCCCGUAGGGGAGGUGAAGCGUCUCCAGCCCCUGCUGCGCCCCCUCCGAUGAACAGGCCUCCCCCUACCUCCCCUAAUGCAGCCUCUGGAGCCACCGCACCUGCCUCUGAGCCCAAAAUGAUAGUCCUCAGGUAACCAUGGAAACCAGGUGGAGGCAGCUGGGCCCUGCGGCUGACCCUUAGCCCCUUGGCCACCAACAGCCAUUCCCAGAUGACCCCAGCAAUUCCUCGGGGUCCCUUUCCGACGGGGCCAAGGUUAGAGCUGCUAGAAAAAAUUCCUUUGGGGAGAUAGUCAGAAAUACUUCAGCUAUUUAAUUUAUUUUAUUUUUAUUUUUAUUUUUUGCUGUUGCCUCCUGGAAACUGACUUGAAGUUUCUCCCCACAUGUUCUUUCCCUCUGCUCUUGGGGGUCGGGACUCCCAAAGGGAAUCCGCCCUACCAGCCCCUCCAGGACCACCUCCUCUGUUUGCGUUGCAGCUCGGGCCUGUCCCCAACAUUGCCCCCAGGGACCAUUCUAGUGCACCCCUGACCUCUAGGCCGCCUGAUGCUUCAGUGCCUUCCUCCACCCCGGGGCCUGGCACCCAUGCUGGGCAGCCUUACACCAGCCAUGCCCGCGGCACCACAUGUGUCUUUUCACUCGCGGGGUCUCAUGCCCGCUGCCCCCCAAAGGCGGGGGAGCUCCACCCUACAGCCCAGGGCCAGGGGUCCCCCGUUCCCAAUGUCCCGUGUGGGCCACGCAGGAAGCAGCUCAGAGGAUUGUGUCUACCAGGAAGUGGCUUGGAUGGUGAGGAUGGCCCAGCCCCUUCCCCAGCUCACCUGUAUUUUCACCCCGACUGGGCAGGAAGUCCUUCCAGCCUCUUUCUCUCUGGUUAUUCAAGAGAGACAUUUUCAAGCCUUAAAGCUGGCAUGGGGCAAGAGGUCCUCCCCUUUAGAUUAGCAGCAAAGAGGGGAAUUCCUAGUUUCUUUUUGCCUUGGGGCUGUGGAGUCAAGGCUCCAAGGGUGUGGUUAAAUCCGUGUUCCCGCGCCCCCUGUUGGGGCAGUUCUGAAUUUACAGGACUGGGCCUUGGAAGGAGUCGCAGGACAUCCCUCCAUUCCUGGGCCCCAACCCGUCCACAGUGUUUUUCCAAUGCUUAACUGGUCUUGUGCUUCCUGUCCUCAGUGAGGGGGCCAGGAGCCCCAACUCUGUUCUGAGAUAUGCAGUGACUUUUAGACUUUCCAGAGGUAGCUCUGUGUUUGUCCUCUGUGCCUCUCCCUAUUUGCCCAGGGGAUCGGAGCCCUCUCUGUGUGGUCCCCGGCAUGGGAGCGUGCCGGCGCACUGGGCAGAGGAGGCGGUCUUAGCUGUGAAAGGGAAAAACACCUGCGGGGGCCUGAGCCCCCAGCCCAGCCUCUGCCCUGUUCAGAGCUGCCCCCAGGACUAAGAAGGCUGUCCUGCUGUUAGUGGCCCCUGCUGGACACGCUGGUGGAGUCUGGGUCAGCUGAAGCACAUACCCUUGAGUACUGGCCUCCCGGAGGAGCCGGGGACAGUCUGUCUUCAAUGGCCGGAAAUCCCUCCUCCUCCAGUCGUCACGGGGGUGCCCGGCAGCUCCCUCAGCCACUUGGAAGUAAGCACCUCUCCCCCUCCCCAACCCUCUCUCCACCCGAUCUGAAAGCUUCAACCUUGCAACCUGUAAGAAAGAAUCUGUCUGCAUGACUGUUUACAAACUGUAGAAACACAAAAGACUGCACUGUCCCCAUGGGCCAGGGAGGCCCCAGCCUGGGGCGACUGUACUGUAGCUGCAAGGCCCGUUCUUGCGCCAGAUACGACCUUACGGCCUGCGAGAGGUGCUCAGCGUCGUUGCCCGUUUCCUGCUGUUUCUGAUGGCUCAGCUACCUCAUGGCGGGCUGGCUCUGCUGUCCUGGCGAGUAUCACUGAUUCGAAACUUGAAGUCCCCCGGGAGCCCUGAGCCCUUCCAAAAGCUGUGCUCCAAGAGCAUUGGAGUCUCUGCUUACUCCUUCAGGGAUGUCCAAGCCCUGAGUCUGGGCCAACGCCAGCCCAGCCACAUCAGAAUGCGUAGCUCCCUCACUCGACCCCACGCCCCAGAUCUUUAAACGUCUGAGCCCGGACUGGGUGCCAGCCCUAUUGAGCCUAAGGAGCCCAGAGCCACAGUGCCUGUCAUGUAGGCCGAGCCCCCUCGAAUGCUUUUGAAGCUGACCGCCUGUGGGCCUUCUCCGCACAGUCCUGCGCCGGGCUCUGUUCUCAGUAUUAACCAGUUCGGUGUUUGCUUUCAUCUGAGUGGCCGAUUCGUCCACGACAGCCAGAAUUCCCCAGGGGAGCCCCUGCAGCUGCCCUUGGAGAUUGCCAAGGAAGAGGAAAGGCGCACCCAAGCCUUUGACGUGGUCACGGCGCCACCUUCAGCCCCUUGGGAGGGGACACGUGUGCAUCUGGGAGUGGUCUCCGUGCCCACCCACCAUCACGACAGCAUCAACCGAGGACAACCCUUGGUUGUCUGGCCCUGCUGCCCGCCUGGGGCGGUGUCGCUUGGGCAGAGGGCAGCUUUAGAGCACAAAACCACCGUAGGGAAGACUGUUGCUGGGACUUUCUCACGCCACCCAGUGUGGUGGAGACGCAGGCAGGCCGCUGCCGUGAAGUCAGAAACGCCCUGCUCUCUUCCAUCACGCGGACAAUGCCGACUCUUGGGGGCAUCCUCGGACGCAGCCUGGGCGGGGUGCAGGCACAGCCCCUGGCCUCUUCAGCGCCUGCCUGUGCCCAAUGUGUUCACCAUCGUGUUUGUCUGGACAGGGCCUGCCCUGCAAGAGCGGUGAGUCUCUUCCCGCCAAGUGGCCCAAAUCUGUGGCAUCUGUCCGCUUGCCAUCCCAAACAGGAAACUGCUUACUGCUCUCUUAGCUUAGCACAGCCUCCUGGCCCGGCCUCAGGAGCCAGGGCUUGGCCACUGGCCCCACAGGCCUCCCUGGGCCUGGCCUUCCUCUCCUGGCUCCCAGAUCCCUCACUGCCCUCCUAUGUGCGAGGACAGAGUCUACAAGGAAAGUUCUGUUUUCUGUGGCAUCUUUGUUCUAUCCCCCACCCCCUACCCAUCCCCGGCACUCAGAUGAGCUCCCAACCCUUACCGUACCCCAGUCCAAUUUUUUGAACCCUUGUCUCGAGAGCUUUGCAGGGAAGUGGGAACGACUCCAAGAAGAGCCAAGGGUCAGAGAAGACCCCUGAAGUGAAUCAGGGCCCUGCCCUGCCCACCAGCUCUUUUCUAGUGAUCACCCCCUGCCCAGGCUGCAGGGUUUCAUUUGGCUCCGGCCCUCCUCGCCAUGUGGCUAGCACAAGAUGUAUAUAUGUUUUGUACCUCUGCCGACGACUGUACAUAGUGUAUGAAAGUUAUUUAAGCCUCAUGCUGUACAUUUCUGUUCCCAGACUGGAUGUGUGUGUUCAAAGAAGUUGUCCUCAAUAAAACCCAAAUGACCAUCA